AUGGCCUCCUUAGAAAGAUCAAGUACGAAGUCGAUCCCUCCAGCUGCUCUCUUGCAUAUAUCUCCUCUUUCGUCAACUCCUUCAUCUCCUGAUCCAUUAGCAUCACCGAAACUGCUUUUUCCUUCAUCUCCUUCUGCCCUUGGACCUCCUAAAAAUGAUUUGCCGCCCCCUUCUCGUCCGUCUUCUCCCCCGCCCUAUUCAGUUAUCGAUGGCUACCAACGGGUAGUUAUCAUCAUUUUGGUGUGUGCUGCUGGUUUUUUAGGUCCAGUUGCAGGUAAUAUCUACGUGCCUCUAUUAGCUCGCUUUCAAACAGUGUUUAACGCCUCUGCCGUGGCUAUCAACGGCACAGUAUCGGCAUUUAUGGGGGUAUUUGCGAUUGCACCCAUUGUGUGGGGGGUUUUUGCUGAUCGCUACGGACGCAAACCAAGCUAUUUUCUUCUGUUAGGUAUAUUUGUCCUUGCUCUGAUUUUGUUAGCAUCUCUCCCACCUAAAUUGGCUACGCUCUAUGUACUUCGAGUAUUCCAAUCGAUUGGAGCUUCUGCAGUGAUGUCCAUCGGUGCUGCCACUAUGGCCGACAUCAUUGAGCCACGCUUAAGAGGGACGUAUAUCGCGUAUUUCAUGCUUGGUCCUCAACUGGGUCCUAUUCUUGGUCCGAUCUUAUCAUUGGUGGCAUCCAAUGGUAAUUGGCGGUGGGUUUUUGGUAUUUUGGCCAUUGCUGGGGGUAUCAUUUACAUCUCAAUCAUUGUGUGGUUACCUGAGACAAACCGGAGUAUCGUUGGUAACGGUUAUGGCAUCCGCAUCAAGUUACUCAAUCGCAUUGAGUUAUUCCAUCCAGCCUCAUUCACUGACCGACCUCCCCAGCCUCCUAAGCAAUUCCUUCGGGCAAUUACUUACCCCCCUGUUCUCAUUUGUGCUUUGAUCAGUGGUUUAUUAUUUGCUUCAUUUUACGGGGUGAUGGUCAAAACCGCAUUCGUCUUACGCGACGUCUAUGGAUUCAAUACCCUCCAAGUAUCAUUACUGUACCUUUGUCCCGGAGCUUCCCUUAUGAUUGGAUCAAUCUCUUCGGGGAGAAUCUCUGAUCGGAUUCAAGCUAAAAAAGGACAAGAACACCUUCACGAAAAGCGGCUUAUUUUGACGGUGCCAGGGUUAGUUCUACAAAUGUGUGCGGUAAUUUCGUGGGGGUGGUUGGUCCAUUUGCGAGUUCAUGUUGCCACAGUCAUUAUGUUUUUGUUCUUUGUGGGGUUUGGAACUACUUGGGUAUUGACGAUUUGCACUGCUUACCUUACCCAGUGUGCUGGUGGUCGUCCAGCUACAAAAGUUGCCUUGGCUAAUGCUUUCCGCAAUGCUGGCGCUGCCAUUGCUGCCGCUGUUAUUGAGCCAUUGGUGCGUAUAAUGGGCUUACUGUGGUGCUUCACUGGAUUAGGACUCACUGGUUUGAUUUCACUAGCCAUGAUUGCCGCUUUAGCUAAAUGGCGAAAGACCUGGAAAGAAAAAUUUGAACUUGCUGAAAGGAGAGCGCAGAUAAGCAUGAAAACGUGA